CGAGCUCCGACCUCCCCUCCCCUCCUCCUCGUCCUCUUCCAAGCCCUAACCCUAAGCCCCCGCGUCGCCGGCGAUGAGUGGCCUCCGAGCCAUCUCCACCCUCCUCCACACCUGCGCCGCCGGCUCCGCAGGAAGCGCAAGGCGGCUGGCUCUCGCGCCGCUGCCGCCGCUCGUUCGGAGCUUCCGCGCCCCGUCGAGGGCGCCCUCCGCGUUCGUCUUCGACGAGGUCGAGAGGGCGGCGCCGGGGGGCGAGCGGAGGAGGGUGUCCACGCGCGCGGCGAGCUGGGAUUCGGAGAAGUCUCCGUACGAGACGCUCGAGCUGGACAGGGAUGCUGACGAGGAGACAAUAAAGACAGCAUACAGACGAUUGGCCAAGUUCUAUCACCCUGAUGUUUAUGAUGGUAAGGGAACCCUUGAGGAAGGUGAAACUGCUGAAGCCCGCUUCAUCAAAAUCCAAGCAGCAUAUGAGCUGUUGAUUGAUGAUCAAAGGAGAAGGGCAUAUGACAGAGAGCAUCAUGUGAAUCCAAUGAAGGCUUCUCAAGCAUGGAUGGAGUGGGUGAUGAAAAAGCGAAAAGCUUUCGAUCAACGUGGUGACAUGGCAGUAGCUGCUUGGGCUGAGCAGCAGCAUCGGGAAAUGACGCUACGUGCACGCCGUCUCUCACGAUCAAAGAUUGAUCCUGAGGAGGAGAGGAGGUUGUUUGCCAAGGAAAAGAAGGCAUCCAUGGACUUCUACAGCACCACUCUAAAGAGACAUACCCUUGUCCUGCGGAAGAGGGAUAUUAUGCGCAGGAAGGCAGAGGAAGACAAGAAGAAAGAGAUCAGUAGACUUCUAGCUCUUGAGGGGCUUGAGCUAGAUACAGAUGAAGAUGAGAACAAAAACUUCUUAAAGUAACUCUAUGCAAUAUUCUUUCACAAAUUCCAUCCACUUCACCCAGCAUAUACUAGAAGGUUCCACCAAAAUUCCAUUUAGUGAAUAUAUAUUAACACAAGCAAAAUCGAGUUCAUGGAAAACAUUGGAUCAUACACUUACUGCCGGGCCCUAAAUGGAUCCUCUUGGUGCAAAUCUAGAAUUCUCUCACAGAGCAAAAAGAAAUGGCAGAUGGCAGCGCAAUCCGUCAUGCCCAAUUGUCGCAGCCUGCAACCGAAUAAUUCAAGAUUCGACUAAAGCUUUUUAUGCAGAUCCUCUUGCAUUGUUUGCAGCAGAAGAUGGACAUGGUUGCAAGACAUAUGACUAAAUAUGUAUACUUUAUACAUUCAAUUUGUAAUUAUGCUAGGGUUACUAUGUAAUCUUCUUGUUUGUCCAAGCAAAACAAAGUGCAUUCUGUGUGUGCCCCAAGUUCUGGCACUUUGUAAAUACUACCGAAACAUCCAAAGCUUAUCUUUAUUGAGCAGGGGAUAUUACAUUUUCAGAUCGCCCAUAUGUUGUGAUAAAGCCGAACUUAGCAAUCUUGUCCU